AUGCUCCGUACGACCGAUGUACCGGUAGCUACCAACACGAACAAGAAGAUAAACAGACGCGAAGACUACCCACCUACCUCACACACCUGGACCAGUACAGUGCAGUGCAGUGCAGUGCAGUGCAGUGCGCUGCGGGAAGACGACACUCGAAGACAACAAAACACAAUCGACAUCAAGGGUCUCGCUAAGUUCUUAUUCAAUUCCUUCGGAGCGCUCCGUACAGCCUCAAACUUUAUCCGCCGAAAGACGAAAGACGAGGUGCCAGGAACAUUCGCCAUGGAGGAAGCUGCAAAGAGCCUCGACGGCUCGUCCAUAAAGCCAGUAUCCUCUUUGCGCUCCCAUUUCGAACAAAUGGCGAAGUCCAAGCCGAAACCACCUCCACCUCCCGUAGGACCCAAGCCCAUCUCGCCGCAGCUUACCGGCAAUGGUGUCAGUCACGGUGCAAGAGAUAUCAGCAGGCCCGGCUCUACCGUGCAACACGAGGAAGUGGGAUAUGCGGAUGACGCCCUGCGCGUCUCUAGAGGGAGGAAAAUGGAUAAGGCUGGCAAUGAACUGCGCCCACCUCGAACUGCCUCUGCGGACGUGUCUCCUUCCCCGAAGAGAUUCUUUCGGCCGCGUCCUCUAUCUACCAUCACACCAGCAGUCACGAUUCAACCUCCACAAUCCCCACCGAAGGCGAAUACUGCGAAUCUAGUAUUACCGCAUACCCCAGCAUAUCUCUCGACCGACUCUCCCAUAUCUGCUUCAUCGGGAAGCGCAUCUUCUAUGCAUUUCAGGAUACCCAGUAGACCUAUUACCCCUCACAUGGAACCAGGGAGAUUCCCCAAGCCAUCGUCUUCCCGGCCGCCGUCACCUCCCCCACCUCGCAGAUCUGGAGAAUUUAGUAGGAGAUCAGGAGAAUUGAGUAGGAGAGAGAUCACCGAAGUCCUCGAGGGAACCACCAAAUCAAAAGCCCCCCCCGUGAACAGAGCAGACAAACCCAAGAUAAGCAGCAAACCGAUAUUGCUCUCACCGCGGAACGAGGCCACAAAACUAGAGCCCGGGCCUCGAUCUAUGGACCGAUCAUCUCCAUUCAGUACCCCGCCAAGCAGUGGAGGUAGCCCUGAGCAUGAGUUUCCCAUGCCAGCCCUCUCGCGCACCAGCCCUUGGAAUGCUGCUGGGCCCCGAUCUGCUAUCGAGCCUUUGCAAUCUGCUCACAAGAUAUUUGAUCCGCCGCCUGUACAUCACUCCGUCGUAACGAGGAGAAAGGAUCAUGAAACCAAUGGACCAAGUAGGGGGCUGUUGUCACCUCAGGCCACAGGGGAGCAAAGACCAGCCCUACCAACAAGACCUCAGGCCGUCCCCGAACCUACAAAGGCUCGUGGCUACCGAGACGUGAUGCCACCCCCUCCUGUUCGGCCUUCUAUGGACAGAUCUCGACCGCCGAUAACGACAACGACUAUAACAAGGUCCAUACCAGAAGAAGGACCCCUUUAUCCAAUUCCCCCCAAACGAGUAUCUUCCUCUCCCACAGCGAAAAUCCAGCUUCAGCGAUCGCAAUCGCAGUUGCACACGCAGACACCUACAAGGCACGGACGGUCGAUGACAGUUGACAGGAAUUCCGACAGAGCGCCGAUUGAGUUCAGGACCCCAAUUACCAACGUGGACCCUCGCCAGUCGCUUGAUAUUUCAUCAGCAAAUCAAAAUAUCAAGGAGGCCGAGCCUGGGGAGUUCCCAGACCUUUCACACUCUAAUAGGCGAAUACCUCGCUACCCUUUUGGAAUGAAAGAGCUGCCCACAAAGUAUGAUACAAGGAUCCUUGAUAUCUGUGGCGAAUAUGUUUGCACCACGGGCAACUACACGCGAGUAUGGAGCUUGGUCGACGGCGAGAUGCUGAUGAGUCUAGCUCAUACCGAAGGUGUCAGGAUGGUCUCUGUUGCAUUCAAGCCUACAGCCGAUGUUGCAGACGAAGGCACCCGGCUCUGGCUCGGUAACAACGGAGGUGAUCUUUUCGAAUACGACGUUCAUACCCAGGCACUUGUGGCCACUAAAAAUGCCCACACUCGGCGUGACGUCGUCAAGAUCCACAGGCAUCUCAACGAAAUGUGGACCCUCGACGAUGGCGGGUGCUUGCACUUAUGGGGACCAGACAGUACUGGAUCCCCAAGCCUUUCCGAAAAUCCAAGCAGAACUUUCCGAAUACAGAAAGGACACACGUUCUCCAUGGUCGUUGUCCACGAAUUGUGGGUCGCCACCGGAAAAGACAUACGAGUGUAUGCGCCAACAACUGAUGGCUCUAGCCAAUGGAUGGUACUGCAGGGUACUCUCAAUCAGCCCAGCGCCGGCGAAAUCACCUCUGGGGCGACGGUUGGCUCUCUAUCUGAUAGAGUAUACUUUGGGCAUACAGAUGGAAAGAUCAGCAUUUACUCCCGUAGUGACUAUGCAUGCUUGGGCAUUCUGACCAUUAGCCCUUACAAGAUCACGGCGCUGGCUGGCGCGGGUCCUUAUCUAUGGGCUGGCUUCAGCACUGGAGCUAUCUACGUCUAUGAUACGAAACCCUCAACGUGGAUUGUGAAGAAAGAUUGGUCGGGCCAUCAGUCUCAGGUCGUAAACUUGAUCACAGAUCAGAGAAGCUGUUGGACAGCAGAUCGUGUACAGGUUGUUUCGCUUGGUCAGGACAAUAUCAUACAAUUGUGGGACGGUUUGCUAGAAGAUGAUUGGAUAGAACACCGCAUGCAGUCCCAAGAAGCUCAAUUUUCAGGGUUCACUCCGAUCAAGGUCCUUAUCAUGAGCUGGAAUGCGGGCGCGUCAUCACCCUCGUGGCUGAAGAAACAGCAACACGAAGAAGAUGCGAACUUUUUCAGGGACCUGUUUAGGAAAGGCGACCUUCCAGAUAUGGUAGUUUUCGGCUUCCAGGAAUUGGUUGAUCUCGAAGAUAAGAAAAUCAUGACCAAAACCAUCUUCAAGUCUUCCAAAAAGAAGGUAGACCCGGCUACAGAGCAGGAGCAUAUGAGUAAGGCAUACCGCGACUGGACAACGUUUCUUCAGAGAUGCAUGGACGACACUGGAGAAAUCUACCAAGCGCUUCACAAUUCGAAGCUUGUUGGGCUUUACACUCUCAUUUUUGUCAAAGGAUCAUUGAAGCCCAGAAUCCGGUCUCUUGAUCAAGCUCAACUGAAGCGAGGCUUGGGUGGCCAUCAUGGCAACAAGGGUGCUCUGAUUGUCCGCUUCGUUUUAGAUGAUACGUCAAUGUGCUUCGUAAACUGCCAUCUUGCAGCUGGUCAAUCUCAAUCCAAAGAUCGCACGGCGGACCUUGCUGCGAUCUUUGACAGCCAUCUUCUGCUCCCUGUGACUCAGCCCGACGUCCUGCAAGAUAGCUAUGUAGGAGGUGGGGAUGGAAGCAUGGUUUUAGAUCACGAGAUCUGUGUCCUCAACGGAGAUCUUAAUUACCGGAUCGAUACGAUGGGCACCCAGGGCGUUGUCAGUCUGUUAAAGAAAGGAGACCUCGCCAAACUCCUCACCAGAGAUCAAUUACUUAUGACGAGACGAAGACAGCCGUGGCAUAAGGUUCAAGCGUUCCGCGAAGGGCCGAUCACGUUCGCCCCGACCUACAAGUACGAUGUGGGCACGGAUAAGUACGAUUCCAGCGAGAAGAAACGAGUACCGGCGUGGUGUGAUCGAGUGCUCUACCGAGGCGGUGACGGCAUCAAGCAGCUUGACUACCGACGAGAAGAGCUUCAUCUCUCGGACCAUCGACCUGUCGUCUCAGAAUUCGAAAUCAAGUUCAAGUCAAUAUCGCCGGAGAGACGCAGUCUGAAGUGGACGGAGUGCUUACAGGACAGGAUAGAUAGGAAACGGCGCCUCAUUCGUGAAGCGAGGCAACACUACCUGAUCCAUUAUCUUGGCUUCGAUGAAGUGAACUCCAAAAACAUGAUUGCUCAUCUCGAGAAGAUGGAGAAGGAAAGGGCAGAAAAGGCUGCUGCGGAAAGGGACCGGGCCAGAAAUGCUCGAUGA